UUCGUUCUGCUCCUUUCUUGGCGUUUUCGGCAACCAAUGACACGACGGAGCAUGAGCUGCUAUUUCGGACAAGGGAUGGUGUGAUAAUCGGGGCAAGACGGGAGCCAUCCCACCAUAGACAUUUUGGUCUGUUUACGUCCAUGACAGUCACGUGGGUAGUUAUGUGAGAGCCGACAUAUUCGAGUUACGACAAAACAAAACUAGUUGAAGUCAAAAAACACUCUCUCGCUGCGAUUAUCGCCUACUUCUCGUAGAAAGGCUCCGUCUAUAUGUCGUUAGUUUUCGGCCCGAGCAGGCGAGCAGGUGUAACGCCAACCAAUAGCAAAAAGCAUUUUCCAAUCCAAGUCGGUGCAAAAUGCAAAUCCAUCAUGAGUUCCGGAGAUACAGCUGACACAACUGAUAAUGCGGCGGCAGCUGAUUCCUUUGGCGUAGCUGCCCAAACGAAUUGGGUCCAAUUUGAGGAGGAGACAGAUUCGAAAGAAGCUACCGAUGUCAAAAGAAAAGCCGACAACAGUAGCGUACCCGCCGUAAUAAAGCCCGAGUCGGUUACCGUACAGGUCGACAAAAUCGGUAAAAGUAUUGACCCACCUGAUAUUAAUAGUAAGGAAACCAAUGAGUAUAGAGGUGCUGUGAUAGCAACCGAAUCCGUCCAGAUUAACUUAGAUAGAUCAGGUUUAAGUCGUUCUAUCACGUCCGAGACUCCGGAUCUUAAAUUACCAUCUGACGUUCGAGCGUCAGAAGUCAAGAGCGCUUCUUUGAAGACCAUUGAUCUGAGGGACGUGUCCAAUGGAAGAAAUGCACCGAGUAACGUUAUCAACACGUCGAUUGGAAACAUCAGGCAGGGUUUUGCCAAUGGCGAUACUAUAGUUACUCUUCUGCCAGUAAAUACGAAGUGGCCCUGGAUUACUCCGGCCAGAUUCAGACCGGAAUUAGUGCCGGAAGAAUUGAUGGCACAAGGAUUAACCCUUACAGUGGAAGAUUAUGUUCACAUAAUGGAAUUACUUGUGAACGAUGUACGCUUCAAUAUGUAUAACAUAUGCUAUAAAAGGAUUCUCGUCCUUUGGAUAUUCACCGCCUUUGUUGUACUGCUUGGUUUAUUAUUCUCCGGCGUGACUGGCCUCACUUUAUUCGGAUUGGGUGUUAUGUGGUUAAUCUUGAACGCAGCUGCAAUAUUCUUCUGCAUGUUUAUCAAAAUAAAGCUCAAUCACAACCUUGAGAAAUGUAUGGCUCAAGUUAACAAACAUUUAUUAAGACAUAAAAUAUUAUUGGGAUUAGAUGAUAGAGGAAAGAUCUCCUGCCACAAAGUUAAUCUAUGUUUCAUAUACUUUGAUACAACGGAUUGCAUUAAAAAGCUACAGGAAGUAAUAGAACGGGAAGAACGUGAAGGCAGAAUAAUUGGCGAUGAUGCAAACGAUAUAAAUCGGCAACGAGAAUUACAACAGCGUAUGGAUAUUGACGACAGUGACAUUGUUAUACAAGGCAGCACCACUACAAGAAUCUCUCGUAAACAGGAACGGGCGGAGUUGCUGUUGCUGAGAUAUGCGUCUCGAUGGGCACGUCACUUCGUGCGUCGCAGACUUGAUCUGGUUAUAGACUCGCAGGAACGUGAUAGAGGUGUUAUGGGUCUGUCUGUUCCACCGCGCCAUUGUGUCUCCGCCCGUUGCCCUUGUCAAUUCAUUGAGGACCAUCUCAAACACAAGCCGAGAGCCGGACGGAAGAUGAUGAAUCUCAAUAUAUUACCUCAUCCGCAUAUCAUCAGCACGUAAUAAUAAUUUCUAAUAUUAUGGUAUCCACCAGGAUUUACAUGGUGUGCCUACCUUAGUGAACCUGUGAGCCGAUUUGACAUGGUACCAAGUUUUUCCAAUUAAAUAGUUUCUGUCCUUACAGAUCGUGUUAAUACAAUGUCGUUUAAAUUUAUAUAAUAGACAGAUGAGCUAUAUAUCAAAAUAAGAUAUACCAUUAUAUGUA